AUGGACUUGGAAGUACCAAAUUCCUCUGAAAAAAUUUUUUGGAUUUUAAAAAGUACAAAGUAUUCUUACUCAGAAAAAAUAGUUUUUGUAACUAAAGUAUGGAAUUCAACUGAUAUCAUUUUUAUAAACAAGAACAUCUUUAUAUCAGAUUGGGUUUGUUCUACUUUGAUAAAAUCAUGUGGAUUUUCACGAAUAAGUUUUGGCGAGACACCUUUCCUGAAUUUAGAUUAUUGGAGUUUACUUGAAGAUAUCUUGGAAAUAAAAAAAGAUUCUUCUAAAUGCCUUGAAAGCAAUAUCGAUAAUUUAAUAAGAGAUCAAGACGAAUUAUCAAAAUUAUUAAAUAAACUACCAUUGGUUAAUGUAUUUACAAGAGUUUUAGAAUUCUUUAUAGAUUUUUCUAAAGGUGAAACUGACUAUGACACAUUAAAGCUGUUAGAAUUAGUCAAUCGAAAUUUUCGACAACUUAUUGAAGAGUCAAAAUUUUUUAAACCUUCAAUUGAUCAAAUUACAACAUUGACUUUGAAUGCGUGCAACCUUUUGGCAUAUAAUAUACUUAUUGGAAAAUUGCUUGGGCCAAUUCUUAAUUCUAGAUAUUUCCUAAUUCAUUUAAACGAAAAAAAUCAAUACACAAUUAUACAAAAUAUUAUUGAACAAUCUCUUCAACAAAUUAAUGAUGUAUUAAGAUAUGGUUUAUUCAAACAAGAUCAUAUAAUGGAGUAUGUACCAGGCACAAACGAAUCUAAUACAAAUCAAGAUAAAAAAGUUAUUGGUAAGAACUCAACUAAUUAUCACAAGCAACUUUUUGAAAAAUUAAGAGAAAUCAUGAAUACAAAAAAUUCAUCAUUUUUCAGUGGCGGUAGCGAUGGUCAAUUAUUAAUCGUCAUAGAAACGUUACCUGAUUUAUACAGCUUUUUUAUUGAGGAAUUACGAAAUCAUUUGAAUUCUUUAUCAUCAUUAAAGAACAUAAAAGAAAUUAUUAAUAAUCAAAGAUUGUUAGAAUUUAAUUUCCUUUUGGAAUUUUGGGAAAUAGUAAACGAUAUAAUAACAAAUUCAAAUUCUCAACAACAAAAUCCUGUUCACUUUAAAGUUUCUUUAGAAAUUCAGAGUAUAUUGCUAUCAAAGCUUUUGAAUUUUAAUGUUUAUCAACCAAAAAAAAUCUAA